AUGGAAGAGAAGUGUGGAAAAAGGAAUGCGACAGGUUGCUGGAGCCACAUAGGAUAUAUUGGAGGACGUCAAUGGCUAAAUUACCAAGAUCGCUGCCUGUGGAGAUUUGGCACUGUGGUUCAUGAGCUGUUCCACACUUUAGGCCUCUUUCAUGAACAAAGUAGGCCUGAUCGGGAUAACUUUGUUAAGGUCAAAUGGGACAACAUUAGGUCAGGUUAUCAUCAUAACUUCAUCCGGCUUGGAAACAAAAGAGCAACAACUCUCGGGGUUGAUUAUAACUAUGCCUCAGUGAUGCACUACUCGCCAAAAGCCUUCUCUAAAAAUAAGAAAAAGUUAACCAUUGUCCCCAAAAAGAACUAUGAUAAAAACAUCAAGCUGAUGGGCCAACGAAAAGGACCUGCCCUCUCAGACCUGGAGAAAAUAAACAAACUUUACAAAUGCAAAGAAACUGAAGAGGAGGAUUAG